GAAAAAAGGGGGGACGCGAGUCAGCCGAACGGCGCUGUGGCGCGAGCGGAGUCUCGCCGCGAGACGAGCGACACCGAUUUCCACGCGCUCCGUCCGUUACGGAGAAAAAGAUGGAGUGAAGAUGGCCCACAGAAGGAGCGUCUUUAUCGAAGCUCUUGAGAGAUCAGAAUCCAAGAAACAUGGAGGUUUCCAGCCAAACUGGAGCUUUUCUCUCUCAGAUGCCAGUGAGGAACAGAGCGGGCACCACCCUUCCCCAGUGACGAUGGACGAGGCAGAUGGGCAACAAGAGCUCACCCCUGAGGGGAGGAAGUCUCCCCAGUUGAAGCACUUCAGUUCAGUUGAGCACCUGAAAACGUAUGAGCGCAAGGUGUCCAAUCAGUCCAGGAUGCUGAAAGGAAAUUACCUGGGGCUGAACAAACUGGGAGCUGGCAAGAAGCUCAGUGAAAACCCUCAUGCUGUAACACCUACAUCCAACAGAACCAACUAUUUUGUUGUUAGCUCCACGCCACCACAAGGAGUACUUGUUCAAGGGCGACUUUUCCAGCAUGCUAACGCCCCUGCUACUGUAAGAAAGAACACCCAAAGCAGCCUUGACUUGAAGGAAAGAAAAGACUUCAACACUCAACAGAUCCAAAGAGUAGAAGUAGAUAGCAUUAUUCUCACCUGUCCUGAAGUUCCAGCUACAAAGAACCUGGUUUUUGGAGAGGAUGUUAAGCGGCGAGUACAGAACAAGCGGCGACCUGUGUUAGAGGCUUCUGGGAACUUUCCAUCUUCAGCCAGUAAAAUGGAGCCAUUGGAUCCUCAAGACUACCUGACAGUGUGCGGGAAGUGUUGUAAGCCCAGUGAAGACCAUGUGCGGUGUCAGAAUUGUGGCAACCCCCUGGCCGAGGAGGCCUCCCCAGGAACAGAGCCCACGGAGCCUGCAUCCACCCCAACCAGGACCCCCAUCCGGCCCCACACCACCCUGGGACCAAACAAUUUGCAGCUAAACAAGGGCUUUUAUGGGCCAUCCUCAGGAGUGAGGACUCCGCAAGUGGAUGUGGUAAUGAACCCCCCUGUGCGGAUCACAAGGGGCAGCCUCCUGCCACCACACAAUGGGGGGGCUGGUGGAACUCCGGCAGGGUCCAAGAGCAAGUGGCAGCCACUCAUCAAGCAGCAAGAGCUCAACGACCCCAUUGUGCUGUCUAGUGAUGAUGAUGAUGAAGAGGAGGAGGAGGAAGGUGAAAACGGCAGCACAGGGAGUGUCAACAGAAUGGACAAUGUCUCCCCACGUCCUGCUGAUUCUGCCCAUUCCUCACCAGCACCCUCUUGUGGAAGGGUUGAAGCCACCUUAAAACUUGUCCAAGAGGAGCAUGAGGAGAUAACUGCUGACUACUUCACGGAUGUAGACUGUAGAAUCUCGGUGCCAAGGAAGGCUCGAAUGAAAGACCAAUUUGGAAACCUGGUAUCCAGUGACACAGUGGUUACGCCCCCAAAACGCCGAAAAGUUAAUAACAAUAUGGACAGCAUUAUCCUUGACUGCAGGAGUGUGAGACUGGGUACACUGCGCAGGAUGGUCACAAAACCUGUCAUUUUCUCAGUAGACUACAUCCAGCUGGAAACUGAAGGUCCAGAGACAGAUGUCUUAGAGAAGGUGAGCCUGCGUGCCUCGGAGCUGACCAGCUGUGAGUGGUGCACCGUGCGCAAGCUGCCCGUGCUCUUUCUGCAGACCAGCCCUGCAGAGUGCUUACGUCUCCGCACCCAGCUAAAAAUGUCCCGAGAAAAGAGUGUGUGGUACGACUGCAAAGCUCCAGAUCCUGAUGAGCAGCACAUUGUCUUGAUUUUUGAGGAUGGGCUAUCCAUGCAGUCACAAGGGAUUCUGGAAGAAAUCCUUCAGAAGAUCGGCAGAGCGAAUAACUUGAGCAACUUUCCAGCCAAGCUCCCAUUUCAUGAGGCUAACAAAAGACUAGUACGGUAUAAUACACCUGAAAGAAAGAAGGAGGAGUCACGGCCCAUGCGAACACGCCUCUCCUCCCACCUCCUUACCUUUUUUGAUGCAGAUGAUGAGGAUGAUGAUAUGACUGAGAUGCAGCCCACCUUCACUGGGCCCAUAGUGAAGUUGAUCGUUUAUCCCCCUCCUCCAGCCAAGGGAGGAAUAUCUGUUACUAAUGAGGACCUCCACUGCCUCAAUGAUGGAGAGUUUUUAAAUGAUGUCAUCAUUGAUUUUUACUUGAAAUAUUUGGUACUGGAGAAGUUAAAAAAGGAAGAUGCGCAUCGAAGUCAUGUGUUUAGCUCCUUCUUUUACAAGCGGCUCAAUCAGAGAGAGAGGAAGAGCGUUCCAGACACUUCUAAUCUACCUAUACAGAAGAAGAAACACAACCGAGUGAAGACGUGGACGCGUCAUGUGGAUCUUUUUCAGAAGGACUUCAUCUUUGUUCCCAUAAAUGAGUCGGCUCACUGGUAUCUGGCUGUGAUCUGCUUUCCGGGCCUGGACGGCCAGAAGCUGGAGCCCAACCCACUAUACCAGGCACCAGCAGUGGUCGGAAGGAGUAGCUGCACGGAGGAUGAGCACCCGGAGGAGGAAGCACCACAGCGGCCUGCCUGCAAAGAGGAAGCCGGGGGUCGUUUGGAACAGCCCCCCACAACGCCUGGCAGCACAGGGUUCAACAUCACAGACACCUCCUCGGAGAGUGACUCCAACAGCGAUCAAGCCAAAGGAGGCAUGGCUCCUUCCAGGGUGGGUGGUGGGGAAGCUAGCACAGGACAGAAUGGCCAGAGCAGUGCCCAGCUGCACUACACAGGGAAAAUCAGGGGUGUAUAUAAGGGUGUUAGAGGCAUCAGUUCUACUACUACUUCAGCUGCCAUGGAGAUCAUCAAGAACAAUAAAGGAGGCCCUAAAUUGUGUGCAGAAGGCUACUUAUACAAUGAGUUGCACAGAAUCAGCGUCUGUUAUGGGUCAACAGGCGACACCUACACGUUCUCUGAUGACCAAAGUUCUAGUCAGGAUGAGUGCAGUGAGGAUGGGACGCUAGCUGAUGAGACCCUAGGCUCCUCUCAGAGCGAGUGGACAUCCAGACCUACAAUCUGUAAACAGCCUUGCAUUCUCAUAAUGGAUUCCUUGAGAGGCCCUGCCAGAUCAACAGUGGUGAAAACUUUACGAGAAUACCUGGAGGUAGAGUGGGAGGCAAAGAAGGGAACCCAGCGGAGUUUUGGAAAGGAUGUGAUGCGAGGCUCCAGCCCCCGUGUGCCCCAGCAGGACAACUACAGUGACUGCGGUGUGUACGUACUGCAGUACGUGGAGAGUUUCUUUGAGAAUCCAAUCCCGAGUUUUCAUCUACCCAUGAACUUAUCAGACUGGUUUCCCCAGCAACGAAUGAAGAAGAAACGUGACGAGAUUAGGGAGCUGAUUCUCAAAAUCCAGAGCCAGCAGCAGUUGGACAAGAAAGUGCAGGACUCCCAAAAAGACUUUGAGCCAGGGAGAGUGGCUGAGCAGAACUCUUCCGCAAGCUCUUGAAAGCUGUUGGUGCUGCUGUGCUCUUUAUUCCAUGGUGGUCCUGCUCAGUCCCACUUGGAUGACCCCAACUGGGGUCAGAUAUAAGCGGUGGUUCUGCUGGUUCUGCUCGUGAUUGUAACGCUGCUGGAUUUCUUUGUUGUUUCUAUUCUAUUACACUGACCUAUUCCUUCCGUUAACAAAAGAGAACGUUUUAAAUUUGUAUUAAAUAAAAAAAUGUACAUAUGCUGAAUUUAUGCUGCCUUUGUAAUUAGUAUUUUUUUCCUGCCACCAGAUGUUGGCUGUUAAAUUACUAGAAGGCUAUAACAUUAUUUACACCAUUACCAUGGCGCUUGAAGGUUUUGUGUGUUAUACACUGUUCAGUGUUCAUGCAACAACUUUUUUAUGUUUGAUUUGUGUAUAAAGUGGAUGUUAUUUGUCAAAUAUGAAA